UUGAGCCUCCGUCCUUGGCGGGGAUUGAGCGCGGCAGCCGCUGACCCCCUUCCCCCUCCCCAAAACGGCUCCGGGGAACGCCCAGGAGAGCGGGGCUGGGGGCGGCCCGGCCCGGCCCGGCCCUGAGCGCCGGGCCCGCCCCUUCCGCUGCGGAGUCCUCAUUGCCCGGGCACCGGAGGACAACGGUCGUUCUCCGCUCGCCUCUCCCCGCUCUGAGCCUUGCUGGUGGGUACGGGCAGAGCGGAGCCGAGCACGAUGGCUACUCUCAAGGAGAAGCUGAUGACCCCCAUUGCUGCGGGAGCCACGGCCCCGAACAACAAGAUAACCGUUGUGGGGGUCGGACAGGUUGGGAUGGCCUGUGCUAUCAGCAUCCUUGGGAAGGAUCUUUGUGAUGAGCUUGCUUUGGUUGAUGUUUUGGAAGACAAACUAAAAGGAGAAAUGAUGGAUCUACAGCAUGGGAGCUUGUUCCUUCACACUCACAAGAUUGUGGCAGACAAAGACUACGCUGUCACAGCCAACUCCAGGAUUGUGGUAGUAACUGCAGGAGUUCGUCAGCAAGAGGGGGAGAGUCGUCUCAACCUGGUUCAGAGGAAUGUGAAUGUCUUCAAAUUCAUCAUUCCUCAGGUUGUCAAAUACAGCCCCAACUGCACCAUCCUGGUGGUUUCCAACCCAGUGGAUAUAUUAACGUAUGUCACAUGGAAGCUGAGUGGCCUGCCAAAACACCGUGUGAUUGGAAGUGGCUGCAAUCUAGACACAGCUAGAUUUCGCUAUCUGAUGGCUGAGAGACUUGGUAUCCACCCAACCAGCUGCCAUGGUUGGAUCUUGGGAGAACAUGGUGAUUCUAGUGUGCCUGUUUGGAGUGGAAUUAACGUGGCUGGCGUUUCUCUCCAGGAACUGAAUCCUGCCAUAGGAACUGACAAAGAUAGUGAGAACUGGAAGGAUGUCCACAAGCAAGUGGUUGACAGUGCCUAUGAGGUAAUCAGACUUAAAGGAUACACAAACUGGGCUAUUGGCCUUAGCGUUGCUGAACUUUGUGAGACCAUGAUAAAGAACAUGUGCCGGAUUCAUUCGGUCUCAACACUGGUAAAGGGCAUGUACGGCAUUGAGACUGAUGUCUUCUUGAGCCUUCCUGCUGUCCUGAAUGCCUCUGGAUUGUCAAGUGUCAUCAACCAAAAGCUGAAGGAUGAUGAGGUGGCUCAGCUGAAGAAGAGCGCAGAUACACUGUGGAACAUCCAGAAGGACAUAAAGGAUCUCUAACUCAUGAAUGUUAGAUUCCAGCAAUAGAAAAGCAGCGUGUUGUGUGCGUAAAUAUGGGCUCGACUCACUGUACAUUUUAAUAGUUGACAUUUAAUGCUCUUUCAGGCUGAGCUUUGUCCAUAGUAGCUAAACUUACGCUUGCUGUAAUGCACAGACCUCAUGAACAAAUAAAGCAACUUUCAGGCA